AUGUAUGUCAUCCUGGUGGACAUGAAGGUGCAGGUGCCCGACUGCGCGAGGGAUCGGGUUGCCAGUUGCCCAUAUUAUCACAGCAUCGAGCCAGAGCAAGUGUACGGAUGCAGUAGCCGCGGCGCCCUCGCCUCAGGAUGCUCGCACGUUCUUUUGCAGGACCUUAAGCAGUUCGAUGGGGCGGCCUUCCUUGAUGCCUUCGCCCAUGAAAGAGCAGAACAUGCCAGCGAGGAGUCGCGUCUCGACCGUCCAAACGCAGUUCCAGACCAAGGCAACGCCGUUCGCUACCUUGUGCCUGCUUGGGUGUCUGCCAGCUUCCUUCGCCCAGCGUUGGCGGAAGCCAUCGGCGCACCGCUAAAGGCCAUAGAGGUCACGCUGGCUUCGACGCGACGCCUUGUGGAGGCCAAUGCUGCCGCCCAACAUGUUCUGGUCGCCGUGGUCAGCACAGAGGCAGCAUCCACGGCUGUGCGGCUUGCGCAGGAUCUCUGGGACCCGGAGAAGGUCGUGGCUGCAGCAUCAACGCGCGGCCAACCUAGACCGGCGCUGAAACUGGAAGAGGCCCCCAGUGUGGCAGUGCAGCUUCGCACGAUGCUUGAGCUACCGCAGGGUGUACUGACCGCGCCCAUGCCGAAGCACCUCUCUGAAGAGCUGACCCGACGCCUGGGCGUGGAAGCGACCGCCGAUGUUCUGGGCGUGCGAGAGGUGAUCGAACAGAGGAGGCAUCCGGAUGAAGUGACACAGCCACAGGUGUCGCAGACUCCGGGGCUCGGCCCGCUCUUCCACACCCGGGCCCGGCGGAUCCGCAUCAACAACCUGGGCGGGCUGCGGUCCUCCACGGAGCCAGAGGAGAUGGGGAAGGAGCUUCGCUACGGCCAUGUGGCCUGGGCUGCUGGAAAGGUGAUCCGCGUGGCUUCAGGGCCCUACAGACCCCGUGACCCUGCAUUCACGGGCGCCGACGGGCACCGCUUCGCAGUAGCAGACGGUGAGGAUGUCCACUUGGAGGUCUUCGUUGUGGAGGAGGACUCUGACAAGGUGGUCCACCUUCCACAGUGGUAUGUUUCCGUCUUUGACAUUGAGGACCCAGUGCCGGCGCUCUCCGCACCGAGGCAGGUUGAGGUCCUCGGGGCCAAGGCAAUGCUUUGGCCGAAUGGCACCCAUGUCGCCCUCGAGGAGCCCUGGGCCCCUGAGGGACCCACGGCCUGGUUCCCGCUUGGCUCCGGAGUGGCGCGGCUGCGGCUGCGGCCCCGUCUGAGCGGAGGAAAUGUGCUGAGCACUGCCUGGGUCGGCCGGAACUUCUUCAUCGCGCUGCGCUCGCCAGCAGUGAAGGUGCGUGAGGAGAGCGACGCGCCUGUCACAGGAUCCCAGGAAGAGGCGGCUAAGGUAGCGUGGCAGCGACUGGGCCGCCGAAUGGUGCUGGGCCGGGACAACGUCGUCUUCAACAACCUUGGCGGACAGGGGCCUGGCCACCUGGAUGAGCCCCCGGAAAUCCGAUAUGCUGCGGUGGCCAGCAUUGGGGGUGGUAACAUGGAUCUGGUGCUAACUGUGGGCCGCGGCAGCGAUCCGUAUCAUCCUCAGGAGGCUACCUCUGAGUAUGGCAGGACAGGUGGAUUGCAGGCAUUUCUCGCAGGAAUGCAAGGCUGCAUUACUGGCUUUCGUGCUUCAAACCAUAGCCUGGCGUUUCUUGCCGCAAACUUUGCGCUGCAGGCCUCGUUCAAUGCAGCUUCCGGGCACAUGCGUGCAGCUGUCAGUGUGAAGUCUGGCACCUCCGUCGACCUUCACUUGCGGCUGCAGCGGUCAGAGUCCCAGCGCGAGGUGGUGAUCCCGCGGCUCUACCUGGUCAUCACCGAUGUGGAGGAGCCGGAGCCCUCACUCUCGCCCGCGGCCGCCGCACAGCUGUGGAGCUUUGAGGCGGUCCUCUUUCCCAAUGGCACCCACGUGCCUGCUGCCAAGCUCCUUACUCGCGGGCAGACCUGGUCGGUGCCGCCUGGUGCUCCCGUGGCCAUCAAGUUCGAGGAUCUCGCUGAGCUUGGGAUGACGCUUUCUGCCCGCGGAGAAGGUGGACGCACGAUCUUCUUCUCCCUGUACUCUCCGGAUGUCGAGGCCCCAUUGGAGCGGCAGAAGAGUGGCCACGGCCCCAUUGAGCUCGACCCGGAUGCUGCAGGACUGAGGGCAUUGUGCGUCGGCCUCACGGUUCCUCUCGCCAUCCUCCGGGGGCCCCGCAGCGUGCGCAGCCGCGGCGUCGCCUGCCGGGCCCUGUCCGACCACUAUGGGCUACUGGGCCUCCCACGCAGGGUCUCCGACCCUGAGGAUAUCCAGGCAGCCUACAACCGUGCUGUCUCUUUGGCAAAGGAGACGAAGGCAUCUGAGCUGCUCCCUCGACUGGAGGAGGCCUACGCCGUUCUCCGCUCCAAGGAGGCCCGGGAGCGAUACGACCGGCAUCUGCAGGCAGAGCAGGCCUGGGAGGAGGACGUGCGGCUUCCGGCCAUGCCUGUGCGAGGGCCCCUGGACAAGGAGUCCAACACCCGGCCCGGCACGGCCAAGGUCUACCUCAAGACGUUUGGCUGCCAGCACAACCAGUCAGAUGGCGAGUACAUGCUGGGACAGCUCAGAGAGUAUGGCUUCACCCUGGUGGACCAGGUGGAGGAGUCCGACGUCUGCGUCGUCAACUCCUGCACUGUCAAGACCCCUUCCGAGAUGCGUGGCCUUUGGCUGGUCAACCAGGCCACGGAGCUGCAGAAGAAAGUCGUGCUUGCGGGCUGCGUCCCCUCCGGCGACAGGCGGCUGUCCAAGAAGCUUCCGCAUGUCAGCAUGUUGCAUGUGACCCAGCUGGACCGCAUCGUGGAUGUGGUUGAGGAGACGAGCAAGGGCCGGGUGGUGACCUUGUUGGAUAAGAAGAAGGAGGGCCUGCCUUCACUGGCACUACCCAAAGUAAGGCAGGACAGACUGACGGAGAUCAUCACCAUCAAUGCCGGGUGCUUGAACUUCUGCACCUACUGCAAGACUCGUGUUGCACGCGGCACUGUGGUGUCCUACCCGGUGGAGGAGAUCAUUAGCCGAGCGCUUCAGGCCGCCAGCGAGGGUGUCUGCCACAUCGAGCUGGCUUCUGAAGACAUGGGCGCUUACGGCGUAGACAUCGGCAGCAACAUUGCCGAGCUGCUCCUGCGCCUCUCAGAUGCCCUGCCACCGGGUGUAAUGCUCCGGACGGGCAUGACCAACCCUCCCUACAUCAUGGAGCACCUGGAUGGGGUCAUCGAGGCGCUGAAGCGGCCCAAUGUCUACAGCUUCAUGCACAUCCCCGUGCAGUCUGGCUCGGACGUCGUCCUUGCGGCGAUGAAGCGGAAAUACACUGUCAAGGACUUCCUGCACCUCGUGGAUCGCCUUCGGGAAGAGAUCCCGGACAUCUACUUGCUGACGGACGUCAUCUGUGGCUUUCCCACCGAGACGGAGGAGGACUGGAGCGCCACCCUUGACUUGGUGCGGCGCUGCUGCUUUCACGCAGUCUACGCUUCCCGGUACUUCGCCAGGGCAAAUACCCCGGCUGCAAAGCUGAAGCAGCUGCCCCACCCUGUAACCAAGAGGCGCUACAAGGAGCUCUGUGCCCUGGAUGCCCUGAACGACCGGAAUGCCAGGCUUUUGGGGACCACGCAGCGCGUGUGGUUCGCUGGCACCGACGGCUCCGGCAACCAGACGGUCGGCCGCACGAAGAACUUUGCGAAGGUCCUGGUGCCCAGGGAUGACGACCUGCUUGGCCAAAGUGCCAUGGUGCAGGUUCUGCGAACGUCGGUUAAGCACGUGGAGGGUGUGGUCUCGGGCCAACACCAUCCUGGCAUCAGCAUGCUGCCCGCGGCUUCCUUCCACCACCAGGCAUCCGGCAGCUCUCCGGCCGCCAUGGGUCCACUCUUCGCUCUCUCCCAGCACAAUCUCGUCCACAACAACUUGGGCGCCCGCGGGCCUGGUCACGCGGACCUUCCUCGCGUCAUCCGCUACCGCAAGGUCUGCGACAAGGACGGGAAGCAAGUGGAUCUGGUGAUCGAAGUGGCCAAAGGGUCCUACCGCCCAGGGCGUGCGGUGCUCAACGGCCUGGUCGGCGGCGUGCACAACGCAGCCCCGGUAAACGUGGCCCUGGGCAGUUCAGUGUCGCUGCGGCUGCGCCUCGUCGACUCGCAGGAAGCGUCCGUUUCCUUUGACCGACUGUACCUCACUGUCUUCGACGUGCAGGCGCAGGAUGACAGUCCGGCGGCGGUAUCAGCGAGUGAUGAGGUAGAGGUGCGUGGCUUCGAGGAAGCCCGGUGGCCCAACCGCACGCGUGUGGCCCUGAUCCCACGGGCAGAGCAGGUGUGGCCGGUCCCGCAGGGCCCGGCGCCGACUUUCUUCUUCCGUCAUGCUGCCGAGGUGUCGCUGCUGCUGAGGCCAUCCAAAGCGGCAGGACUCAGUGUCACAGCCUCUGCCCUCAUCCACUGCAAAAUCCUGAAGCUUCGCCACGGGAGACUGGGAGGGGCGGACCUUUUUCCUGGAGCUGCGUUCGCCAGAGGUGUCUCGGAUCCCCAGCUGUCACAGCAGGCCAAAGAAGUGGAGACGUCCGCAGGCGGGCUGGGCCCAGGUGUUCAGAAAGCUGAGGUUGACCAGGAUCAGCUGUGGGUGCUUGCUUCUGUGGAUGUUCGACUCAUGACUCACUGGACCCACGCAAAGAAGCUCUUUCCCACCGGAGCACUACGCUUGGUCGCCCCUCUGUCCCGCGACCCCCUUCGCCAGCCUUGGCCCCUUGGGACGAAGUUCAACCUCGUUGAGAAGAAUAUCGUCUACAACAACCUCGGGGGCAGAGGCCCCGGCCACCUGGAUGACCCCAAGGAGAUUCGCUACUCGGACGUGGCGCAGCAGGACGGCAAGUCGAUCCACGUCGCCUUCAGCACCCCCAGCGCCUACCUACCCCAGCGGGUUGCCUUCAACGCGCUCGCGGGCCAUCGCAGAGCUACGGCCAUCAAUGCCAGGGCCUUGCGAGCAUCCUGA